AUUAAAAAUAUAAUACAUUAUUCAAUAAUUUGAUUAAGAAGCACAUAUUAUAACAUAAAUAUGAAUUCUCCAAGAUCACCACAAACUCCUCUUAGUUUUGAAUUGAAGAAAAUUAUAAAUGAUAGAAAUAUUUUAAGUAUGCGUAGUCGUAUGAAAGUUCUCAACAGUUUAAAUGAAAAUAAUCAAAAACAGUUUGAAGAAAAAGAAAAAAAUUUAAGAUUCCAAGCUAUUCAGGAAAUUUUAACGACAGAAGUUACAUAUUUACGGCAAUUAGAAAUCUUAAUGGAGUAUUUUAUACAACCUAUGUUUGAAAAAAAAUUAUUAAAUCAUAAUUUACUUUCAACAUUGUCUGAAAAUAUAAAAACAUUAUAUAAUGUUAGUGGAGAAUUAAUACAAGAAUUAAAGGAGGAUCCACAAAAUAUUGCAGAUGCAUUUCACAAACUUGCUCCAUUUUUUAAAUUAUAUUCUAUUUAUGCUUAUGAUUAUGAACAAAUUUUAUUAUUAUUACAGAGUAAACAAGAAAAUGACAUUGAGUUUAAGAAUUUUAUUAGUAAACAAGAAACAAGACCAGAAGUUGGCAGAAAAUUACCUUCAUUAUUAAUUACACCAAUACAAAGGGUACCUAGAUAUAAACUACUCUUAAAAGAAGUCUUGCAACAUACAUCUAAUAAACAUAAAGAAUAUAAUCUUUUACAAGUAUGUUUAGUAGAAGUUGAAAAAGCUGCAAGACAUAUAAAUACCUUCAUUGAACAAUAUGAAGAAACACAAAAAUUAUUAAAACUUCAAAAAUGUAUCAUGAACCCAAUUAAUUUGGUAAAACCUGGUAGAAAAUUGAUUAAACAAGGAUCAUUAAUGAGAGUUUCGAGACGUGGUAGUUCUGUAUAUAAAAGAUAUUUUGUUCUUUUGAAUGAUAUUUUAUUAUAUUGUAAAGGUGAUCCAGAAAAUUCUUUGACUGUGUGUUGUGUUUUACCAUUAAAUAAAUGUAAAAUUGAAUCAGUUUUGAGUGGUGGAUUAUUUCGUGUUAUUUGUUUAAAUGAGACACUCCUAUUAUAUUCUGAAAAAGAUGAUAGUAAUUUAUGGAUAGAAGCAAUACAAAGUUCCAUAAAGAAGUAUGCAGAAUGUAGACAAACAUUAAGAAAAGAUAGCAGUUCAAGAAAACCAUUAAGGCAUAACAACCUUAAUUUAUUUCCAUCUGAAAAUAUACCUAUAAUUGCUGGUAAAAGAAAAAGAUCAAACAAAGAAACUGAGAUUAAUUUGGAUGCUUCACAAAUUAUGUAUUUGAAGAAGGACAAUGAAGCAGAUGCAGAUAUGCAAUCAAAUAAUAGUUGUUUGGUACUCUUAAAAAAAAUUUAAAAAAUUUAAAAGUGAUAGUGAUUUUAAAUAUACCUCAUCUUAUAAAGAAAAUAUUAAUCAUAAAAUUACAGAUAAAGAUAUACAUUUUAAAAAACACAGUAUAUCAUGUUUAUCUUCUAUUGAUGUAAAUUGUAAACAAGAAUCAUCAACUCUUAAAUCUAUUAGUGAAUUCUUUAUAUCUAUUGGUUCGUCCAUAAAAGAAUUCUUUAAGUUUAAUUCUCUAAGAUGAUAUGAUGUUGAUAAUAAAAUUGAUAAAAUUACGAGG